AUGUUUUUCGGCCCCCUACUCAAGUUCACAAGGCUGACUUUUGUUGAUUUCAUCGUCAUUGGAAAUUACUGUCUUGACGAUGCUUUCAUCGAGGACGCCGCGGUUGCUUGGCCGGGUAUUCGUGUGCUGAGAUUCAUGGCGGAACAUCAGACCGACAUUCCCGCGGCCACCUUCGCCGCAAUUCUGUCGUUCGCCACACGAUGCACCUCAUUGCGCACCCUUUUGAAUUUCGAUGCCACACUAGUGCCGACGCCUCCUCAUGCGCUGGGCGGAUACACGGACCUUUGGCUCAACCAAACAGCUCUUCGAGAGCUGCACGUUGGGCAUUCCCAGGUGGCGACAGCAGCACUUGUCCCAUUCUUGUUAGCAGCCGUGUUUCCAAAUCUGGAUGAUAUCAAAUGGCAUCAAACGCCCGGUGUUGACCAUGAUAUGUUCGGUUGCACGAAUUCCUGUGGGGCGAAUUGGCAGAAGUAUGGCACAAAGUGGUAG